UCUUUAUCGGUUUUCUACUCAUUAUAAAUUUGAAUCCAUCGAAACAGCUGUUCCAACUCCAACGAUGCGUACAAUUAAAUAGAACCGUGUCGAUGGCUUGACCUGCAGCUUCUCCGGGCUCUGCACUGCAGUUGCCGAACGGAGUAUCCCCAAGAAAUUCGAACCAGAAGAAAAAAAAUGAAGUCCAGUACUGGUGGUAGAAGACUUCGGUUAUGCAUCUAUAAAUGUAAAUACUGUGCAAAUUCAUAUGAUUGCCAGAAUGAAUUGGAUGCCCACUUAGAAACACUACAUGCCCACGAACGGCUUUGUAUAUGCCAACUUUGCAACGAGUGUUUCACCACGGAAUCUGAUUUAAGUCUUCACUACCACAAACACUUUGACGAGUGUCGCUACAAGUGUGAUAACUGCGAAUCAGCUUUUGCUAGAAAAUCUUUAAUAAUAAAACACAUCCGUGCUAAUCACGGCAUAGAUAGUAAUAGAUGCGAGACGUGUGGAAAGUUUUUCUCUACAAAGAGCUCUCUUGAUUCCCACAAAGUCAUCCACACUGGCCUACUUAAUAUCUACAAAUGCGAUAAAUGUGACAAGUCUUAUUACAAAAAAAGAUCUCUAGCUAGACACGCGUGUAAAGUAAUUAAUGAUGCGCAACAUCAAUGUGAAUUUUGUAAUAAAAGCUUUUCCGCAAAAAAAUCUUUAACAAGGCAUUUACAAAGACAUGCUGCCACGCGUCGCUACACUUGCGAUUAUUGUGGAAAGUCUUUUGUUGAUAAAAGCGAUCAUCGCCGUCAUAUACGCAUACACACUGGCGAGCGUCCCCACAAGUGUAAUUAUUGUUAUAAAACUUUUAUUCGAAAACAUCAUCUUAGAAUGCACCAGCUUAUACAUACCAAACGUGAGACACAGUCUUCCUACAUGUGUUCAAACUGUGGCAGUGUUUUUGAAUUCCUAUAUUCUCUAGAUAUGCACAAAUGUCCUCUCAGUAUUAACAAGGAUGAAAUUACUGAGGAAAGUACUGUGAAGGAAAAUGUGGCUGUUGUCGAUGUUAUUGGCAAUGAAGUGGUUGCUGAAGGAGAUACUGGCAAGCAACUGGUCACUGUGGAAAUUAUUACCGAGGAAAAAUUUAUGAACGAUGUACUUUUCCUUCAACAACCAACAACCAUAGAUGAAACAUACGUGCACAUAAUUGAGGGUAUUCCCAUAAGUGAUGAGUGUACCAAAAAACUUACGCAAUGUAACAUACGUCUGAAUAAUGUGUGUAUACACCCACGUUCCUAAAAAUACCAGGACUGUAAAAAUUCAUGUUAAAAAAGACGUAUUACAUGAUUUUUUAUCUCAUUUUGACGAACGUUUUUGUUGCAUUUCUGUAGCUAAUGAAAGAGCUUAUGUAAGUAUGUACAUGUACAUAUUUGAAAUACUUUCAUUUUGCACACAUUGAUACAAAUUUAUUUUAUAUUCUUUAUUAAUUUAAAAAUGUUUAUGGUAGUUAUAACCCAUAUCGUGGGUAUAGUAAUUUUUUGUCUGCUUUCUUGAAUAAAAAAGAUUAUU